AUGUUUCAAUUGAACCAAAAAAAACAAAAUAGAAUUAAUGAAUGUACGUUUGAUCAUAUUGAUGUAUGUCAAACGAUUGAAAAUCGUACAUUAUUAUUUGUAAUGAAUGGUCUAAAUGGAUACGCUAGUGAAUUCAAUAAUUUAGUAACUGCAUUUGCAUAUAGCAUAGCAACACGAAGACGAUUUUUAUUAGACGUACGAAAUUGGAAUUAUGGAAAUUUUAAUGAUUAUUUUAAUAUGAGAUCAAUGAAUUUAACACUAUUCACAAAUAAUUCAAAAAGAAAAAUUAUGACGGGUAAUGAAAAUGAAAAUCAUCAUUUACACUUAGAAAUAACCAGACAACCAACCGGUCUAUUUUCACAAUUGUGGCAAGCAGCUAGAAGGGUGUAG